UCCCGCGGUGGGGACCCGGCCGGGUUCAGCUGAUGCCUCACUUCACGUGACGCUGGCUCUGGGCGAACAUGGCGGCGGCCACCGGACCCUCGUUCUGGCUGGGGAAUGAGACCCUGAAGGUGCCCCUGGCGCUCUUCGCCCUGAACAGGCAACGCCUGUGUGAGCGGCUGCGCAAGAACCCGGCUGUGCAGGCCGGCGCCGUUGUGCUGCUGCAGGGCGGGGAGGACGCCCAGCGCUACUGUACUGACACUGGCAUCCUCUUCCGCCAGGAGUCUUUCUUUCACUGGGCAUUCGGUGUCACCGAUCCAGGCUGCUACGGCACGAUCGAUGUUGGCACCGGGAAGUCGACCCUGUUUGUGCCCAGGCUUCCUGCCAGCUAUGCCACCUGGAUGGGAAAGAUCCACUCCAAGGAAUACUUCAAGGAGAAGUAUGCUGUGGACGACGUCCAGUAUACAGAUGAGAUCGCCAGCGUCCUGACGUCACAGAACCCCUCUGUCCUCCUCACUUUGCGUGGCGUCAACACGGACAGUGGCAGUGUGUGCCGGGAGGCCUCCUUCGAGGGCAUCAGCAAGUUUAACGUCAAUAAUACCAUUCUUCAUCCGGAAAUUGUGGAGUGCCGGGUCUUUAAGACGGACAUGGAGCUGGAGGUUUUGCGUUAUACCAAUAAAAUCUCCAGCGAGGCCCACCGGGAGGUAAUGAAGGCCGUAAAAGUGGGAAUGAAGGAAUAUGAGAUGGAGAGCCUCUUCGAGCACUACUGCUACUCCCGGGGUGGCAUGCGCCACAGCUCCUACACCUGCAUCUGCGGCAGUGGUGAGAAUUCGGCAGUGCUGCACUACGGACACGCCGGGGCCCCCAACGACCGGACCAUCCAGGAUGGAGACAUGUGCCUGUUCGACAUGGGUGGAGAGUAUUACUGCUUCUCCUCUGACAUCACGUGCUCCUUCCCGGCCAACGGCAAGUUCACCCCAGACCAGAAGGCCAUCUAUGAGGCGGUGCUGCGGAGCUGCCGAGCCGUCAUGAGCGCCAUGAAGCCAGGGGUCUGGUGGCCUGACAUGCACCGUCUGGCCGACCGCAUCCACCUGGAGGAGCUGGCCCGCAUCGGCCUCCUGAGCGGCAGCAUUGACGCCAUGGUCCAGGCCCACCUGGGAGCCGUGUUCAUGCCUCACGGGCUCGGCCACUUCCUGGGCAUUGAUGUGCACGAUGUGGGAGGCUACCCUGAGGGUGUGGAGCGCAUCGAUGAGCCCGGCCUGCGGAGCCUGCGCACCACACGGCACCUGGAGCCCGGCAUGGUGCUCACCGUGGAGCCGGGCAUUUACUUCAUCGACCACCUCCUGGACGAGGCCCUGGCCGACCCGGCCCGCGCUUGCUUCUUCAACCGCGAGGUCCUGCAGCGCUUCCGGGGAUUCGGCGGGGUCCGGAUCGAGGAGGAUGUCGUGGUGACCGCCAGCGGCAUGGAACUGCUGACCUGUGUACCCCGCACGGUGGAGGAGAUUGAAGCGUGCAUGGCAGGCAGGGACAAGGCCUUCACUCCCUUCUCUGGCCCCAAGUAGAGCCAGCUGGGAGUGCCCACUGGGACCAGGGACCCAGCCUGCCACCUGUCUUCACAACGGGCAGCUUCCUGCCUGGCCCUCGAGCGGCAAGAGAGGGGUGCUCAGAAAUCCCAUGGCUGUGUCCAAGU